AAUUAAUUAAUCCUUCGAUCGAAGAUAAUUUAUGUGCUGCCCAUUCUCAAUUAAUUAAUCCAACUGCCUUUAUAAGAGGGGAAGCAAGAAGAGUGUAGCGUGAGGGUAUUAUAGUGGGAUUGAUGGCGGCGACCACCAGUACCACCGGCGCGAUUACAGCUUUUUUCUUCGUCUUCCUGUUCUCCGCGGCGGCGGUGGCGUCGCCGCGGUUCAACGUGCCCACGGUGAGCUUCAGCCAUGGCUUCGCCCACCUCUUCGGCAACGACAACCUCGUGCGCUCGCCCGACGACCGGAGCGCGCGUCUCACCCUCAACCGCUACACUGGAUCGGGAUUCAUCUCCACGGACCUUUAUGAUCACGGAUUCUUCAGCGCAUCCGUCAAGCUGCCUAAAGAUUUCACCGCCGGCGUCGUCGUCGCCUUCUAUACUUCGAACGGUGAAAUAUUUCCAAGGACGCAUGACGAGCUGGACUUCGAGUUCUUAGGCAACGUGGAGGACAAGGACUGGCGGAUCCAGACCAACAUCUACGGCAACGGCAGCACCGCCCGCGGCCGGGAAGAGCGCUAUCUCGUCCCCUUCGACCCCACCGAGGAGGCCCACAGCUACUCCAUCUUGUGGACUCCCGACUACAUCAUAUUCUACAUCGACGAGGUGCCGAUCAGGGAGGUGGUGCGGACGGAGGCGAUGGGCGGCGACUUCCCGUCGAAGCCGAUGUCAGUGUACGCCACCAUCUGGGACGGCAGCUCCUGGGCCACUGCCUACGGCCGGAUCAAGAUCAACUACGAGUACGAGCCGUUCGUGUCGGAGUUCGCCGAUUUAGUCCUCCAUGGCUGCCGCGUGGACCCCGUACUCCAGCAGGCCGUGGAGGCGGCGGACCGCUGCGCCGAGUCGGUGGAGGAGCUCAUGUCCGCCGACUUCGCCCUGCUCACGCCGCGGAAGCGCGCGGCAAUGCGCCGCUUCCGCGAGCGCUACAUGAUCUACUGCUUCUGCUACGACCAGCAUCGCUACGGCAACGUCACCUUCCCGGACUGCGACUACGUCUCGCCGGAGCAUACCCGAUUCGGCGAGUGGGGUGAUAACAAGGUCCCGCCCAUGGAGGUCCGCAGCAGCCGCCGGAGAAGCCCAGUCCCGUCAUCCCUGCCGGUGACGACAUCCUGGAUUGAUUAAUUUGGCAAUUGAUUUAAUUUAAAUUAAGUUCGAGCUGUAAUUUUCUGGGAUAGAAUUAUUUCUCGAUUCUUUGUAAAUGAUGUAAAAAUACGUACGUACAAAAAUGAUUUCUGUAAAUGUUGUACUUGUUCUUGUUCUUAUGCCACAUUCAUUGUUCUAC